CAGUGCACAUCUCUGCAGUAGUCAUGGUGUCCUGCAUCACAGACUGCAUUGAAAAGCCCAUCCGGGUUUGUUUUGAAAGUGUCGGUAAGUUCGUAGGGCUUCACCCGUGGUGGUUUGUCACUUUACCGCUGGCGGUGUCCGCAGGUCUCGGAGGAGGAUUUUACUUUUUGAAUGACCUGAAAUCCAACGACAUAGUGGAGCAGUUUACACCGAAAAACGGCCGCGCUAAAGUGGAGAGGCGAUUCUUUCAAGAAACCUUUCCACAAAUUGACUCCCAAUUCUCCAUUAUACGAUUGAACAGUGACGGGGUUUUUGCAUCUUUGAUAUUCUCCUGUCAAACAAACAUACUCAGUGCUGCCGCACUAGAGGAGAUCAUCCGCAUAGAUGGAGAAGUUAGAAGAAUCACAUCAGCUCGUGACGCACAGCAGUUUGUGUUUUCGGAUAUUUGCGCAACUGUGAACGGAACGUGCAACUCUAACGUAAUGCUUGAUGUUCUAGAUUACAAUGCCAGCAACAUAACGUAUCCUGUGUACUGUCAUUCCGAAUUCAACUGUAUCCACAUGGGAAAUAUCAUUGGUAAGGUGGAGGUGGAUCACAAUGGAGUUGUUCGAAGUGCAAAAGCAAUGAGACUUUUCUAUUAUCUGCAAGAUAGCAAUAAUACACUGGAAGAUGCCUGGCUUCAGGAUUUUAUAGACUUGCUCUCUAAUGUAACGACCUCUAAAACUGAAGUGUCUUAUUUCACAUCCAUGUCAAGACAACAGGAGUUUGAGAAGAGUACCCAAUCUGUCACUGAACUUUUUGCUAUUACUUAUUUUCUUGCCAUCUCAUUUUCAAUAAUAUCUUGCCUAAGGUUUGAUAACGUGAGGAAUAAAGCAUGGGUGGCUUCUCUUGGAGUUUUCUCCACUGCACAAGCAGUGCUGUCCAGCUUUGGGUUGUUGUUACUCAUAAAGGUGCCAUUUGUUAUUACUGUGGCAUCUUCUCCGUUCCUUAUUCUUGGAAUCGGUAUUGAUGACAUGUUUAUCAUGAUCUCCAGCUGGCAACCAACAAACAUCCAAGACACAGUGCCUAAACGCAUGGCUGAUACCUACAGGGAGGCAGCUGUUUCCAUUACUAUCACCACCCUGACUGACGUGCUAGCCUUCUACCUCAGCUACGGUAACCCUUUUGGCUCUGUUCAGUCAUUCUGUCUGUAUGCAGGCACGGCUGUCUUGUUCUGCUACUUCUUUGGAGCUUGUCUGGCUCUGAAUGGCAGAAGGGAGGGGGUGAACAGACACUGGUUAACUUGCAUGAAGGUCCCAGAAGAGGUCCCACCAGGACGGUCUAAAGUCUAUACUCUAUGCUGUGUUGGAGGAUAUUACGACCAUAACACAGGAACUGAGGAAGAGCACCCAAUGACACUGUUCUUCAGGAAGUAUUAUGGACCAUUUUUGACAUCAGUUUGGAGUAAAGCAUUAGUCAUUUUUAUUUACUUAACAUACAUUGCUGUUAGUGUUUAUGGUUGCCUGCAACUUAAAGAAGGCAUCGAUCUCAGGAACCUAGCACUUGAUAAAUCAUACAUCAUCCAGUACUAUGAAGCUGAAAAGACAUACUUUGAUUAUUAUGGUCCAAAUGUAAUGUUAGCUAUCAACGGCACAUUUCCAUAUUGGGAGGAGAACAAACGCCAUCAACUGGAGUCAUGUUUUGUACAGUUUCAGGAAUUGGAUUUUGUCAAGAACUUGUCGACAUCUUGGCUUCAUUCCUUUGAAAAGUAUGCAGAGGAACACAGUCAUAACAUCAGCUCAGAAGGGCAAUUUAAAAGACAUCUUUAUGAGUUCCUGGACCACCAACCAAUGCUCAAACAGGAUGUCAACAUAACCAAUAACAACAUAGCUGCUUCACGUCUGUUUCUUCAGACAAUUGUUCAGAAUUCAAAUGAGAGGAGCAUAUUGAACUCACUACGGAAGACAGCAGAGAGCUGCCCAUGUCCACUGUUGGUCUACCAUCCAGCGUUUAUAUACCAUGAUCAAUAUACAGUAAUAGGGCAUAUCACUCUUCAGACCGUCACUGUGGCAACCCUAGUAAUGCUGCUCAUCUCCCUUGUGCUGAUUCCAAAUCCUCUUUGUGCCUUGUGGGUUGCUUUUGCCAUCGCUUCAGUCAUUUUGGGAGUCACCGGUUUUAUGGCACUGCUAAACGUAAGUCUUGAUUCAAUCUCCAUGAUAAACCUGGUCAUUAGCAUUGGCUUUUCUGUGGACUUCUCUGCUCAUAUCUCCUACACGUUUGUGUCCAGUACUAAGCCCGAUGUGAAUGAAAGAGUUGUGGAGGCAAUGACACACCUGGGCUACCCCAUACUUCAGGGGGCUCUGUCCACAAUUGUGGGUGUGGUUGUGCUUUCAGCUUCCAGCAGCUACAUAUUCAGAACCUUCUUCACCAUUGUGUUCCUAGUCAUUACUUUUGGGCUGCUUCAUGGCAUUGCUUUUAUUCCAGUAUUUCUAACUUUCUUUGGAUUUUGCCACAAAUUAUGGCAGCACUGAAUUCGAAAAUCAAACUUCUGAUUUUUCUUCAUUAUGUCCCAUCUCUUUUUUAAUAUACUUGUAAAAUUAACAUUUUAUUAAAUAAAAAG